AUGAAUGAACAUUACAAAAAAAAUUUUCAACUUUUUGAAAGUAUUUAUUAUGAACCUUCAAAAAAAGAAUUUGCAUAUCUUGAAGGACAUUUUAAAAGACUUUUAAACUCUGUUGAGUUUUUUUCAAAUAAUCCAGAAUUCUUGGAGAAUAAUUUUAUAAAAUGUUUAACAAAAUUACAAAAUAUCAACAAUCAUUUUGAAAAUUUAUUGCUUGAUGCUAUCAAAGAACACAGCAAACUUGGAGAAAAUGUUAAACAAAUUGUAAAACUAUGUGUUGAUAAAGAUGGAGAGUUUUCUUUUUUUUUUAGAAAAUUUGAACCAAUUAUUGCUGAGCCUGUGGAAAUAAUUUUAGACAACCAACAAUCAGUUUCAUCAGACAACAUUUUUUUAUAUCAUAAAACAACAAAUCGUGAUAUUUAUAAUGAAGCACGCAAUCGUAGACUUUUAAAUAAUAAUAAAUAUGGCAAUUUAUUUGAUGUACUUUUAUAUAAUGAGAAAAAGCAAAUCACUGAAUGUACUAUUACCAACAUUGCUGUCGAAUUUUAUAUCAACAAUGAACAAAAAAGUAUUUGGAAAACUCCAAAGAUUGAAUGUGGGUUAUUGCCAGGAGUGCUACGAGAUUAUUUAAUAAAAAAUAAUGAAUUGAUUCCUGACAUAAUUACAAUUGAUGAUAUAAAAUUAGCUCAAAAGGAAAAUAGAAAAAUCAAAUGUUUUAAUUCUGUACGAGGAGAAUUUCAAGCAAUUAUUAUUAUCGAAUAA